AUAUGGGUAACGUGGAAGAUCUUACAUGUUCAGUGUGCUACUCGCUGUUUGAUGACUCCUGAGUGCUGCCGUGUUCCCACACUUUCUGCAAAGGUUGCUUGGAAAAUGUUUGUGUGUCUGUCAACUUCUCAAUAUGGAGGCGCCUAAUCAUUCCGCUCAAGUGUCCGAACUGCAGAAACCUUGUGGAGCUCCCUCCAACAGGAGUUGAUUCCUUUCCAGUAAAUGUGUCGAGGGCCAUCGUAGAAAAAUAUCAAAGAAACGAUCAAAUAAAAUCACCUUCAUGUCUGGAACACCAAGGACAGUCAUUGAAAGUCUAUUGUCUGCGGGAUUGUCAACUGAUUUGUGGAUUGUGCCUGACCGUAGGCCAGCACCAGGGGCACCCUAUAAACAACCUGCAGACUGUCUACAUGAAAGAGACUCCAGGGAGGCAUGUGGAGCAACUGACUGAUAAAUGCUGGGCUGAAGUGUGCCUUCUGGUGGAAAGGCUGGAGGAACAAAAAGUCAAAUGUGACAACACAAUAAAGCAUAAGGAGGCUGUUGUGCAGUACUUUGAAACGAUUAAUCGGAUUCUGGAAAGCAAGAAACAGGCUUUCCUAGCUGUACUGGAGAAGGCCAGCGCUGAAGUUUCGAGUGAGUUUGACCCACUCAUUGAAAAGCUCAAAGAUAUCAAGGAAGAACAACUAGAUCUAAUUUCAUAUAGCACCGCUGUUGAAGAAGAGGAGUCCCCCCUGGUGUUUCUUGAGAAAAUUCAUACCUUUUGAGGAAGAGUUGCAGCCUUGACAAAAGCAGGUCUGCUUAAUGUGGUACCUUUGGCGAUCUAUCCAAGGGCAGAGGAGUUUCUAAAACAGAAGUGGUCAGGAAUUACCAUUGGGAAGAUUGACAAAGUGCCAAUACCCAACAUCAAUUGCUGUUCUGUGUGGUGCUCAAGAAGAAUCGUUGAUAAGGAUUUAAGAGACUGUGGGCUUCCUUUAUUAAUUUGUGAAAUCCAUUUGUGCUGUUAAUAUUUUUUCUGCUAAGCCUAUUCUCAGUUGAAGUGUUAUUUAACAAAGAUUGUUUUUGUUAUUCAGUUCAACUUUUCAAUCCUUCCUCAGAUUAAUCAAAUGGUUAAAAGUUGUGUAUACGAAACAACUACUGCUGCUGCUGCUGUAUACCAUGUGCAAGAGGGAGCCGUUUACCUGUACUUGCUUACGGUGGACUUUCUCAUUUACCUUGAGGAAACAGUAAAACUUCAUAUUGCCUCUGUCUAAGAUUUUAUUCUAAUUAAUUGAACACAGUCAAUACUAUAUAAAAUGUUCUAUUUGAAUUUGUAUGCAAAUAAUUCCCCAAAGAUAACCCUUCAUUUAGGAAAUUAGCAUAUUCAGUUUCUCUUUGAGGUAUUAGUUUCAAUAUUAUUAUAUUGGGUAUGCUUAUGGCACGUAUAAAAACAAAACUGGAGGCAAAACAGGUAAUUCCAAAUGUAUUAACUGUAAAUAUCCCAUUUGUAUUAGACAAACUGUUAAAGCAUUAUACAGUUCAUAAUCACUUUUAUAUCCCACCUUAUUGUUUUUUAACAUGUGCAUCAAUCCUAUCUGUUAUAUAGCAUUUAUACCAAUGUAUGUUUUGAUUUUCUGAAAUGUGAAUUACACUUUUUUUGUUACCAGAAA